UACUGCGUAACACAGAACGACCGAACGAUCGACUUGACAGAUGAUGUGGCCUCACGUCUAGCGAAUUUUUUAAGAAAUAUUAAUAUAGAAUUAUUAGAAUGCGAAAAUGAUUGUGUUAAAACUUAUUUUAUUUACGUUAUUUAUCUCAGUGUCACAAUGCAGGACUCCUGACAAAGUAUAUUGUGUUAACAAAGAAUGCAACGAACCUAUAUCUAAAGCGAGAACCUUGCUGGGUUAUAAUAGUGCUGAUCCGGACCUAAUAUCUUUUCGCGGUAACAGUGAAGCUAUCGUUUACAUGAAAUCAGCUGGUACCAAUGAAGACUUAUGGUUUGUGGACAUCAAUGGAAUAGCUGGCCUCGUUCCCACCAAGUUUUUAAGAGAAACUAAGAUUAUAGGAAAGAACCUACAAGUUGUUGCUUUUGAGUCUGUGAUAAAGGAUGAAGUUAAGCCUGCCAAGGUUCAACAAGCUCAUGAAGUUUUUGAAGGCACAACAAUAUACACCACAGAAGCAUCUGUCAGUGCCGAACAGCAGGAUUCUGCUACUGAUUCGCCGAAAACUGUCUCCAAUGAGGAUCUUACACCAUCGCUGAACAGUGCAAUAGAAACACCAAAUGAAAAUGUAGAUGAUAAUGUUCCUAAUGAUAGUAACGAAGCAAAUGUCAGUAUUGAAAAUGAGUCAAAUUCAAUUGAAAAUUCAGAACCACCAAAUGAUGAGUCUACUACAACUGCUUCACCAGAAAUAGCUGAACAAACUGAAGCAUCUAAUAUUUCUAACGAUUUAAAUGAAAAAGUUGAGUCUACUCCGGAAACUGUAACUGAGUCUGUUCAAGAACAUACAAGCAGUGAGCAGUUUGAAUUGCAAACUGAAAAUUCUAAAGAAAUACCACCAGAAACAGUCCCAUCACCAAACUUGUUAGCUACUGGCAGUCAAGGUUCUUUGAACAGUGAGUCUAUCAUUGAAGUGCCUGAGAAACAAAACUUCUUGCAAGACACACUAACUGAACCUGAUCAGAAUGACAGCAAAGAACAAAAUACGUCCCUGAAUAAUAACUUGGAAAAUGUACAAGUGCCUCUAGACUCUUCAGCUGAGACAAAUGUUAUGCCUAAUGGUAAUUCUUUAAAUGACAAUGUUGCACUCCCAAGUGAGGAACCUGUAGAAAGUCAAACAAAAGAACCUGAGAGCUUGACUACUGAAUCACCCACUAGCGCUUCAACUGAACCUAUCAUAAAUCCUAAUAGUGAACCAGUUGUACCUGCUGUAAAUGAACCUGUAGUGCUUGAUGUAAAUGAGCCUGUAGUACCUCCAGCAUAUGAACCUAUAGCACCUCCUGCAAAUGACCCUGUAGUGCCUCCCAUAUAUGAACCCUUAGCCCCUAUCCAACAGCAAGUUCUACCACCAAUAUUUUCCAACAUUAACGUAGAUAUUCACAACAAACCCCAAGUGCAAAGUGAAGAAUCUAAUGAAAAUACUGCUUCUACGGUGGCAGACACAAUUGAAAUGAUUCCUGCAUCGAUGGAAACAUUGACAACACUUGAUCCUGUUCCAGAACCUUCAACUGAGUCACCACUACCUGUAGAUCCAGAAAUAAAGCUACCAACAACGACAGAGACGAUACCUGCCACAUUCUCUGAAGUGCCUUCAACUGUGCCAACCCCUGAUACGAUUCCGCCAUUAGUGAGUGUAGAAGCUCCACCUACAACAGAAAUCCCAACACCAGACGUGCCCCAACAGGACUUGUUUGCCACCACUCCUGCACCAUACAAUUCUGAGGAGUCUAGCCAAAGCUCUGAAGUACCAGAAUUCAUUACAACUGAGGCGAAUGCUUAUGAAAGUGUGGAAGAUAUUAUCUCUUCCUUGCCUGAUCCUGUAGAAGAUAUUAACAGUGCAUCAACUGAAGCUCCAGUACAAGAUGACAAUACUGAAGGCUUUUUUUCAAAUAUGUACUCAACUGUAGCCAACAUAUGGCCAUCCUCAACUGAGUCGCCAGAACCUCUAUACAAUACAGAAUACCCAACAUAUGAGACUGAAAAAGCGGAUGGCGAUGAAGGAUUCUCUUUCAUGAAAUAUUUUAUGUCAAUGUAUUAUUCAGUAAUGGGGGUUAGUGAGGAGUCCAAAGCGUUAUUUCCAUCAGUUGGGGAAACAUGCUUCAGUGAUGAGUACUGCGAUGGCACUUCACAUGAUGGCAGUAACCGUCUGCUAACAUUCCUUCUGACCACGGCCAGUUCAGUCCUACUGUUCACUCUGGGUUACUACUACAUAGACAAUAGGAGACAGGAUGGAAGACUUAUAGGAACUAUCAAUUCAUUGCAACGGGAUUUACUUUUCACCACUAAGGAGUGUGAGAUCCUCAAAGAGGAACUUGCAACUACUAAAAGCAAGUUAGCUGGCAUAGAAGACAGCUCAUUCGGCAUGGACGACAUGGUACAAUCUCUGAAGGAAGAAAUCAAUGAGUUAAAGGCCACAAACGAUAGACUACGGAAUUCCUUAGAUGAUAACGAGAAGUUGCUCAGGGUAUCGGAGAAUACUGCCGGGGAGUUGCAGAAUACCUUGAGUGAAGUGGAGAAUACUCUUAGUGAGCUCUUGGCGGAGAGAGCUAACUUUGAAGAGCAAAUUGUGGAAUUGAAUGGUAAAAUUCAAGCGUUUGAAGAGGAAUUAAUAUCCGUAAGCCGUGAGCGAGACAACUUCCAACUCAAGUAUGUCUCGGCUGAAUCCACAUUAGAAGAAUUCAAAAAACAAAAGAAACAAUUCGAAGAAAUCAACCAGCAGUUAUCAGAAUCUAAAAACACAAUAGAAUUACAGAAACAUGAGGUUGAAGCCCUAAAGGAUGCUAUAAAAGAAUUGAAGAAUGGAACAUCAGCAGACGUGGAUGUCACAUCUUUCCUAGACCAUACUGAAAUCAAAGCUAAACUGUCCAAAGCAUUGCAAGAGAAAACCUCAUUUGAGAGCAAGUAUGAGACUGAACUCAAAGAAAGGACCCGUCUCUCCGAAGAACUGAAGGCUUCACAAGAGACAUUAGCCACUAUGAGUCAGAGUGCUAGUGAAGCGCUCACCAGGCUUGAGGUCUUAGGCAAAUAUUUCCAAGAGAGGGAAGGGGAAUUACUCAAAGAGCUUAGCGCCAAAGAAUCGUUAUGGCUGAGCAAGCAAGGCGAGUCAGCUAGCACGGUUGAAAAGAUUGAACUUCUACAGCAAGAAGUACAGAGAUAUAAAGAGAAAUGCGACGCGCUAACACUAGAACUAGCAGAACAGGAAUCAUCCCGACGCAGCGCACUCAGCGAGGUCGAGGCGCGGGCACAUGCCGCGUGGCUGGAAGCACGUGCGGCUAAGCGUGACGCCGACGCGGCGCGGGACGACGCGGCGGCGUUGCGUCGCAAGCUCGCCGCGCUCACUGCUGCCGACGGCGCCGUGUCGCCGCAUCACAAAGUGUCUUCCCCGUUGGAUACGGUAGAGAACGCGGUAUUACCGCCGCCACUGCCGCCGAUGUUCUUACCACCACCGCUGCUGCCUCCGCUCCCGCGCCCGCCGCCGCUCGGCAGGCUGCCCUCACCGCAUCCACCUAGAUACAGUGACAGGCGCUACUCGCCCGACAGCCGGUACUCGCCGGAGAGUCGCUACUCGCCCGACAGCCGCUACUCGCCCGAGACAGUGCGGUACUCGCCCGACAGCCGCUACUCGCCGCGAUCCCGCCGCUCGCCCUACUCGCCCCGCUCCCGGCGGCGAUCGAGGUCUAGGGAAAGGUAUGACGACAGUCGUGCCACCCGAUCUAGGAAUGGGCCUGCGCCGCCUCUAGACACGGAAACUGAAUACAACUCAGACAGCCCUACGAGGCAGCCGCGGAGACGAGGCCGAUACUCAAGACAUUCAGGGCCUAGCUCCGGUUCGGGUUGUUCAUCAGAAUCGGAUAAAUGAAACACUCUCAUGGUCUCAAUAGGUUAUAUAACCAAGAUCUACAUUAUGAAUAUGUUGAGAUGAUGCCAAAUUGGUUACGGUGAUUCACGAAUGUAUUAGUUGUGAAAAUAAACAUUUUAUAGCUUAUGACGUGCGUUAAAAUCUACAGCAUAAGGGUAGUUUUCAUUCGGUUUUAUUCGGUUCUAUAUUCCUUAUUUUUCCAAAAACAAUGUAUGGAAAUGAAAGAGAAAACAAUGACUCAGAAAAGAUUGCAAUUUAUUCCAAAUUGUCUGUGAUCACAGUGUAGCUCUCCUUAUGAAAUAUUUGGGGCUAGUAAAAAGUUUUUAAUUAACAUUUCAGAGGUCCACGUUGAUAGGAAUUGCAGUUCUUAAUUAAAAGUUUUUGACAUGUAGCAACUAUUUGAAAACAUUCGAGUAUUUUCCUGUAUAUUUGCACUGUAAUACCUUACAUUAGAAACUAGGUAAAAACAUUAUCGAGACUGGGUUAGGUGCACGUUCUAUCAUAAUAGAUUUUUCUGUUUGCGCCACUCAGUGAAACGGUUCUACGUAUAAUAAAUAUUUGAGCUACAUUAUACCUGGAAAGACUGCUUAAAUAUUGGAUUAGGAAAUAAUACUUGUGUACGGUACAUAAAUAAGUCUUCGUGUCCUAAAUUCCAUAAGUCUUUGGUGUUGCCAGCUUGAAUUUUACGAUUAUUUACAUAGAGUGAGUUUUUUUUUUUUUUUAGAAAAUAAUAAAAGUUUAAAAUCGCUAGCGUGCGUGUCGAUUCUAAGCAUUUCUAACGCCUAGUCAUGCGGUAAACUCUCUCUAUGUAAACGGGGCUUCUGACAGAAAAAAAUAUAAUACAUUGUUCAGCCAUACAUAGCUGGAUGUGGAGUGUUCUGCAGUCACACAUGGUAUAUAAUGUAAAUAAAAUACUCGAACCACCAAAUAAUGUUACAAAAUACUAUUCUGUUUAUUUUCUACAGUAUUUCCAAUUUUGGUGCUGCUAUUUUUUAUAGUAGUCAACAAUAUCUUUAUCGAAUUUAUCUGUUUGGAUGCCAUUUCGUUAUGCAUUUAAAAUUCCAUGAACCAAAGUGUUUAACUGUUCUUUUCUCUUGUACCUGAUUUUCUUUCACAUUCAAUAAUCAAUCAUUUCUGUCACUAAAAAUUGUGUGUUCCUAACGUUAAAAUUAUAUCGUUAUUUUUAUUUCUUACCGAAUUCGAAUGUACUUACAGUUCACAUUGUAUGCCUUUCACUGUUAACUAAUAAUAGUUGCCACCUAAUAAAAUAGCAAUAAAAUAGUAUUGUAAUAACAAUAGUGAUCCGUCAUAAGAAUUGCAAUCUUUAAUUUAUUGAACAUGUUGUUUUAUUAGUCAGUUAAUUGUAUUAUAAUUAUUAGAUACGAUUUUAAAAUAAAUAAUUUUAUCAUGAAA